CUUCAUUUUCCCACUUCUACUUUCAUUUUCUCAGCUCCCAAACAGCUUUAAUUUCUUCCCCCCACAUGGAGAAGUUCCAGAUGCUGUUCCCUUCCUCCUCUUCUUCUUCCUCAGCCCAUCAUCAGUACUACGAUGAUCAUCAUCAUCACAAUAGUAUCAACUUCUUAUCAUCAUCGUCGUCACCACCAUCAUCCUCAUCAAUGAAUGACGGUCCAUCGAUGAUGAUGAUGGGGUCGAGCGCAGCAGAUCAUGAUUACCAUCAUCAACAUCAGAUCAGUACUAAUAACGAUGAUCAUGAUGAGGAGCAGGUUGUUACUGUAGCAUAUCAAGGAGGAGGAGGAGGAGUCGAAGGAGGGAAGAAGAAGGGAGAGAAGAAGUUGAAGAAGCCUAGAUAUGCUUUCCAGACGAGGAGCCAGGUUGAUAUCCUUGACGAUGGCUAUCGAUGGAGAAAGUAUGGCCAAAAAGCUGUCAAGAACAACAAGUUCCCAAGGAGCUAUUACAGGUGCACGUACCAAGGCUGCAAUGUGAAGAAACAAGUUCAAAGGUUGACCAAAGAUGAAGGAGUAGUGGUCACAACUUAUGAAGGCGCUCACACCCACCCUAUUGAGAGGCCUAGUGAUAACUUUGAGCACAUCUUGAACCAGAUGCAAAUCUACACUCCCUUUUAAUUGAUGAUUAUUAUUAUUAUCAAUACACUCUUUUUUUAUAAUUAAUCACUCAAUAGACAUAUGUUCUUUAAAUCAUUAUAUAAACAUAAUAUUUAUUAGUUAUACUUACAACUAGCUUUUGUUUUCAUUUUUACCAAUUAAUUAUUAUGUAAUUUGAUACCAUGUACUUAUUUUUUUAUGUAUCAGCCUAUCAUCCCAAUGGGUAAAUUAUUAAGUAUAUGG